AAGAUCUCUGUUUACUAAAUAGUAAAUACAAAUACAGUGAACGGACAUUUCACUUUGUAUGGUACGUUUAUAAACGGAAGAAGCAUAAACUCAUUGUUACAAUGUUAAAACCGUUAUUAGACAAAUUAAAUACGAUGAGAGUAAUUCUAGCAAGCAGUUCCCCACAAAGAAAAUUAAUACUGGAAAGUACGUCACUACAAUUUGAAGUGCAUUCUUCCAAUUUCGAAGAAAACCUACGUCCAGAGGAUUACACGUUUUCCGAAUUUGUCGAAGAAACCGCUCUUGGUAAGGUAGCAGAUGUAUACGAACGACUGAAAGGUGAUACACGAAAACCGGACAUAAUAAUCGGCGUAGACACAAUGGUCACUUUAGACGGAAGAAUGUACGGAAAACCUCAAACGCGAGAAGAGGCAAUCGAAACAAUUACAAAAUUAACUAGUGCGGGAAUACCCAAUGUGGUUUAUACAGGGGUUGUUAUAAAGUACAGAGAGAAUAUUGAGAAAUUUACAGCAGUCACCACGGUUUACAUGGGGAAAUUGACAAAGGAAGAAAUUAUCGCUUAUGUUGAUACGGGAGAACCAAUGGGUAAAGCUGGAGGUUACGGUAUCCAAGGUAUUGCGAGCACAUUUGUAGAGCGUAUCGAAGGAGAUUUUAACAAUGUGAUUGGGCUGCCAUUAUACCAAUUAACACAAAAAUUAAAGGAAAUUGUUAAUAGAUAACUUGAAUCAGAAAUCCAUAUUAAAGGUGCCUUUUGUUAUAAUUAUAGCUUCAUUUGAAGACUGUUGCAUGUU